GCAGCUUUCUUCUCCCUUUCCCACUCAUGAUAUCUACUGCAUCCUCACACUGUCUACGUGUUUGUCAUGCGCAGUCAGGAAAUCACAGCCCUCAAAGCAUGCCGGCCAUGCUCCAAGGCCAAGACCCGGUGCGAUCCCGGGCCAAGCAGCCAAGCCUGUCAGAGAUGCCAUCGCCUACGGAAAGAAUGCACGAAACAAGCCCCAGGAGCGCAUAGUCUUGGCAAACCCAGAACCAGAACGUUGACGGACGUGAGACGGUUAGAGAAGAAACUAGAGAACAUGACCUCACUCCUAGGGCCCUCCCAGCAGCCCAUUGCAGACAUCAUCUCGAAUUGCGGGUGCCUGACACCCGUCGGCCAGAUGCCACAAGUGUCACAAGCACAGACCUAUUCUUCGAGCGGGUCAAACGAGACAUCGCAGGCGACAGUCGCCAUUUUCCACCAGCGCAUGGCGACGCGCUUCCCCUUCGUUGUGUGCGCACCCUCGCUGUCGGAUGAUGAGCUUCUCGUCCGCAAACCGUUCCUCCACAUGGUCAUGUCCAUGAUCGCCUGUCAGGAUCAGGAGGCGCAGUGGGCUAUCGCCGGGAAGGUCAAGGCGCACCUGGUUGAACGAGUCGUCGUCAACGGGGAAGCUAGCUUGGAUCUCUUCCAGGGGUUUCUUCUCUUCCUUGCGUGGGCGCAUAUCUACGUCCCCUCGCCGGAACAACUGUGCAACUAUCUCCAUCUACUGGUGGCUCAGAGCAGGAAUUUGGGUCUGGCCAGAGAUGUAUCGAGCGGGGCGCCGAUGUCCGUGUUGUCCUAUAUGAAGUGCAGACAGUUUGAGCGGCCAUCCGGCCCGGGCCGGACCUUGGAAGAACGCAAGGCUUAUCUGGGGUGCUUUUACUUGGUUACGAUGAUCUCAAUGUGUCUAGGCGAAUCCGAGCCCAUGCAGUAUACAAGCUACAUGGAGGAGAGCUACCAAGUCCUCCAAGCGGCGGCGCAAGGAGAAUCCGAUCGAUACCUGUUGUGUCUGGUCGAUCUCGCUCGCAUGGCGGAGAAAAUCCACCGUACCCUUCAGCUAGACCACCCGCAUGGGUCGACGGGCUCCUCGGUCUGCGCACAUGGAGGAAUGGCCAUCCGAUGGCUGCAGAAGGAGCUCGAACAACUGAAGCCUGCGCUUGCAUUCAAUGAUCCCACACAGACCUCAUUCCUCCUUCUCCAAUACCACAACCUCGAACUCUUCGUCUACCGCACCGCCCUCCGCUGCGACCCCGACUCGAGAUCAAGCGCCUACCUGCCCACCCACCUCACCACCCUGCACGCCUGUCUCCACGCCGUGAAAUCCUUCUUCGACACCUUCUUCGCCAUCCCCUCAUCGGCCUUCUUCCACAUGCCCUACCUCCUCUGGUGCCAACUAGGCCACGGCUUUCUCAUGCUCUCCCACAUCUCCGUCUACGACGUUGGAGACGAUGACGACGAUGAGAACCCGGCAAAGAACCUCUGGGACCGGGAGUACGCGCGCCAGGUCAUAGAUUACCAGGCGACGGUCGACCGGCUCACGCAGAAGGUGGCGGAUGCGGUCGCGGUCGCCCGCGAGGAAGGGACCCUGGUUCCGAGGGUGUUUGGCAAGGUGGCGUCUCGGAUUGCCAUGUGGCGGGAUGCCCAUGCGCGGCAGGAGGAGGCCUUGCGACAGCGGCAGCGGCAGAGAAGUACGCUUCGGUCCGCGGCCGCAACAUCCACGUCGACAAUGAGCCCAGAGGUUGUUGUCGGGAUGGAGAUGGAGACGGAGGAACUGGUGCCUGGCAUGGGGUUGGAGGAUUUGUUGAUGAUCGGGCCCAUGUGGGAGUUUCUGCCUUUUUGACCCGGGGGGGGGAACGGGGGCUUAUGUUCGUGCUACGGUUGGUUAUGGUUGGGCUAUAGGGCUAAUAGAUCAUGAGGCUGGCGAGGCUCAGGAGGAGGAAUGAUCAUCAUGAUUACCAUAUGAUCACAUAUCAUGGAUUCCGCUCGCUUCUUCUUCCGCGAAGCAGAACCUUGGCUGUCUGCUUAUUUAUUUUACAGCCUUGUGUACUGCGUACUGUACCUGCCAAGACGGUUCGCUCUGGUCAUGCCAUGGCUGGAAGCUCAUCAGCAGCCAAUGCAGGCUCAGCCGCGUAAGUGGGUCUGCAUCCAUCAAUAUGCG